GACAAUGGCCACCGGGGCCCUGGCGAGUGGACCUUGCCCGCGCACCGGCCCUCGGGACAGAGUGCUGCCCUCGCCACCAUGGAGGCUCCGCUGCGCCUUGCCCUGCUCCUCACUGCCCUGGCCGGCCUCCUGCUGCCCGGGAGGAGUGUGUUCACCGGCCGCGAGCGCGCGCACAGCGUCCUGAGGACCCGCAGGGCCAAUGCGAUCUUCGAGGAGCUGAAGAAAGGCAACCUGGAGAGGGAGUGUCUGGAGGAGACCUGCUCCUACGAAGAGGCCCGGGAGGUCUUCGAGGACGACCAAAAGACGAAAGAAUUCUGGAACAAAUACAAAGAUGGGGACCAGUGUGAGAACAACCCCUGCCAGAACCAGGGCACCUGCCGCGAUGGCCUCUCGGAGUACGAGUGCAGCUGCCAGGAAGGCUUCGAAGGGAAAAACUGCGAACUGUCCACCCGGAAACUCUGCAGCCUGGACAACGGCGACUGUGACCAGUACUGCCAGGAGGUGCAGAACUCGGUGGCAUGCUCCUGCGCCAAAGGCUACACGCUGGGUGACGACAGCAAGUCCUGCAUCUCCACAGAAGUCUUCCCCUGCGGGAAGACCACCGGGGGACGGGGACGCAGGAAGCGGUCAGUGGCACAGGUCACCAACAGCAGCGAGACAGUCCCUGACAUCACCACACUGGAGCAGGGGGACCUGGACGAUCUGAACCCCACCGAGGACCCUUUCAGCCUCCUCAACUCCAACGACACAAAUGUGGAGAUAAAAGACAACGACCUUGGCCGCAUCGUGGGCGGCCGGAACUGCAAAGAAGGGGAGUGCCCCUGGCAGGCUCUGCUUGUAAAUGAAGACAGCAUCGGGUUCUGCGGGGGCACCAUCCUCAGUGAGUACCACAUCCUCACUGCCGCUCACUGUCUCCACCAAGCCAGGCGGUUCACGGUGAGGGUAGGUGAGCGGGACACGGAGCAGGAGGAGGGCAACGAGAUGACACACGAGGUGGAGGUGGUCAUAAAGCACAACAAGUUCAACACACACACCUACGACUGCGACAUCGCCGUCCUCAAGCUGAAGACGCCCAUCACCUUCCGCAGGAACGUGGCCCCCGCCUGCCUGCCACAGAAGGACUGGGCUGAGGCCACACUGAUGACACAGAAGACAGGCAUCGUGAGUGGGUUCGGCCGCACGCACGAGAUGGGCCGCCAGUCCAACACCCUCAAGUUGCUGGAGGUGCCCUACGUGGACCGCAACACCUGCAAGCUGUCCACUGGCUUCAGCAUCACGCAGAACAUGUUCUGUGCCGGCUACGAUGCCAAGCUGGAGGACACCUGCCAGGGGGACAGCGGCGGCCCCCACGUCACCUUGUUCAGGGACACCUACUACGUGACCGGCAUCGUCAGCUGGGGAGAAGGCUGCGCCAGGAAAGGGAAGUUCGGGAUCUACACCAAGGUCACCAACUUCAUCAAGUGGAUUGAGAAGUCCAUGCGGGCGAGGGUGCCCCCCGGGCCAGAGACACCAGUGCCCGUGCCGCCUGCCCAUUAAAGGGAUCUGCUCUGGGCACCCGGG